AUGGCACCUGCAAUGUCAGCAGUGUCAGCUUGGUGUGUGACUGAGCUGACUGAGCUGGCAGCGGUGAAGGUGUUGGCGUUUGCAGUAUCUAUGGCAUCAGCAAUCGGAGUGAAGCCACCGGGGUGUAACUCUCUGGAGGCUCUGGAGGAGCCUGCAUAUGUGCUGCCUCCGACACCUAAUGCCACCGGCUGCACGGAGCACAAACACUGCCUCCGCCUCGGCACAGUCCUCCGGGACACAAACUCACUGUUGCACUCACACACACUCGGCUUGCAUCACUUCAGAAGUGAAGUAAAACAAAACCCAGCGUCAGAGAGAGUGAGGGAUUAA